AUGGAUCGGAUUGAAGCUAAUCCUGGACUGCCUGUUCGUGCCCUACAAGAGCAACUCCAAUCAACUUAUGGAGUUAGUAUUUCAGAAGAGAAAGCAUUUAGGGCAAAAGCAUUAACCACCAAAAGUGUUGCAGGGGAUUACGUAAAGCAAUUCAGAAGGAUAUACGUGUGUUUAGGUCCUUUGAAGAAAGGAUUUAAGGCAGGUUUGAGAGAAUUUUUAGGCUUAGAUGGAGCCUUUAUGAAGGGACCUUUCCCAGGUCAAAUACUAAGUGCAGUUGGUGUUGAUUCCAACAAUGGAACCUACCCAUUGGCAUAUGCUGUUGUUGAAAAAGAUCUUGACUUGUAUUUAAAUUCCAACUUCACCUUUAUCAGUGAUAGACAGAAGGGUCUUCUACCAGCCAUAGAACAAUUGUUCCCUAAUGCAGAACACAGGUUAUGUAUUAGACACAUAUACCAGAACAUGAGGAAGUUAUUUAAGACUACAGAGUACAAGGAGUAUUUUUGGAGGUGUGCUACAGCCACCACCAUACCAGAGUUUGAAGUUGUAAUGGUAGAGCUAAGGAAUUAUGACAUAGAAGCAUAUCAGUGGCUCUUGAAAAUCUCUCCACAUCAUUGGGCUAGAAGUCAUUUUUCAGGAAGGGCAAUUUCAGACAUGUUAUUGAAUAAACUUUGUGAAGUAUUCAAUAGCAAACUUGUUAAAGGGAGAGACAAACCCAUUAUCAGUUGUUUGGAGUUCAUCAGAGAGUACCUUAUGAAGAGAGUAUGCAAUGUGAUGAAGGUGUUAAACAAGUGUCAAGGUCCAUUAACUCCAACUGGUACUAGGAUUUUGGAAGCAAACACAACACUAGCUAGUAAGUAUCAUGCACGAUGGAAUGGGGGACAAAAGUAUCAUGUUAAAGGUUCAUGGAAUGAUCAACAUGUAGUGGACAUGGAGAAAAGGGAGUGUAGUUGUAGAAAGUGGGAGCUUACUGGAAUUCCUUGCAAGCAUGCAAUUGCAAGCCUAAAUGAAAUGGCAGACAAUAAUGAAAAGGUGGGAGAACUAUACACCUAUGUGCAUAAGGUGUAUUGGCUUGAUACAUGGAAAGAGAUGUACUCCUUCAAGGUGGAGCCUAUCAAAGGUAGAGCCAUGUGGCCUAAGAGUGACUGCCCAACAACUCUUGUGCCUCCACCACACAACAAAGCUAUAGGCAGGCCAAAAAAGAAAAGAAGGAUUACAGCAGAGGAAAGGAUUGAAAUCCAGCAACGUAAGAGGCAAGCAAACAGUCAAAGUCAAAAUGAUAAUGAAACUCAAUCACUAAGCAGGAAGUUUUUAACUGUGACAUGUAGUAAGUGUAAGCAAAAGGGUCACAAUGCCAGGAUUUGCAAGGUCAAAGAUGGGAAUUGA